GCGGGGCGGGAUCCGGCUCGGCGCGACGGGCGAGCGGACAGAGCGGCGGCGCUGGGCGGCAGGUUGUCGUGCCGGCUGGAGCAGAUGGCGGCCGCGCUCCUCCUCUACCUGGCCCUGCUGCCGGGGCUGGCCGGCGCCUUCAACCUGGACACGGAGAACGUGAUCGGCCGGCGCGGGGAGCCGGGCAGCCUCUUCGGCUUCUCGCUGGCCAUGCACCGGCAGCUGCAGCCGCAGGAGAAACGGCUAUUGCUGGUUGGAGCUCCUCGGGAAAAGGCCUUUCCAUCCCAGCAAGCCAAUAGAACAGGAGGGCUGUACAGCUGUGACAUCACAUCUUCAGAUACGCGCUGCACACGUAUUGUGUUUGAUGAAGACACUGACCCAAAGACGGAGAGCAAAGAAGACCAGUGGAUGGGUGUAACUGUCCAAAGUCAGGGGCCAGGAGGAAACGUGGUGACAUGUGCACAUCGCUAUGAGAAAAGGCAGUAUGUAAACACAGUGCAGGAAACCCGGGAUAUCAUUGGAAGGUGCUAUGUGCUGAGCCAGGAUCUCACUAUUAAGGAUGAUAUGGAUAAUGGAGUAUGGAGUUUUUGUGAUGGUCGCUUAAGAGGCCAUGAGAAGUUUGGUUCCUGUCAGCAAGGUGUUGCUGCGACUUUUACUAGAGACUAUCAUUACGUUGUGUUUGGUGCCCCAGGCACUUACAAUUGGAAAGGGGUGGUUCGUGCAGAGCAAAAGAAUCAGACAUUUUAUGAUCUGGGUAUCUUUGAUGAUGGGCCUUACGAAGUUGGUGAUGAGAGCCUCCGAGAUAUGAAUCUAGUUCCUGUUCCAGCUAACAGUUAUUUAGGUUUCUCUUUGGACUCUGGUAAGGGAAUAGUCUCCCAAGAUGAGAUGACUUUUGUGUCUGGUGCACCAAGAGCCAACCAUAGCGGAGCAGUUGUUUUACUGAAAAAAGAGAAAAAUCAGAGAGCGCUUUCACUGGAGCACAUGUUUGAAGGAGAAGGACUGGCCUCUUCUUUUGGUUAUGAUGUGGCUGUUGUGGAUCUCAACAGUGAUGGAUGGCAAGACAUUGUUGUUGGAGCCCCGCAAUACUUUGAUAGAAGUGGAGAUAUCGGUGGUGCUGUGUACAUCUACAUUAACCAGCGAGGAAAAUGGGAAGGAGUAAAACCGGUUCGCUUAAAUGGGACCACUGACUCAAUGUUUGGUCUCGCAGUUGAAAAUGUUGGGGACAUUAACCAGGAUGGAUAUCCAGAUAUUGCAGUAGGAGCUCCAUAUGAUGGUUUUGGCAAAGUAUAUAUUUAUCAUGGAUCCAAGAAUGGAAUAAAUACAAAACCAGCACAGAUUCUUGAUGGUGAAAAAACAGGCACCAAUUUCUUUGGUUACUCAAUUGCUGGAAACAUGGACCUGGAUAAAAAUUCCUACCCUGAUAUUGCUGUUGGUUCCCUUUCAGAUUCUGUAUCUGUGUUCAGAUCUCGACCUGUUAUAAGCAUUACAAAGAGCAUUACAGUACAGCCUGACAAACUUGACCUAAAGAAAAAGAACUCUGAAGACCCCAGUGAGAUAUGGAUGGAUGUGAAAGCGUGUUUUCAGUAUACUGCAAACCCGCGUAAUUUAAACCCAAGAAUAAAGAUCAACUAUACAUUUGAAGCAGAAAAUGAGAGGAGACAAUUAGGCCUGCCAUCCAGGGUACGGUUUAAAGAUUACCUAUCUGAUCAGUUCACUGCAAGUACCACCCUAAUGGGGCAGAACUCCAAACAGUGCGUGACAGCCAAGCUUGUUCUGCAGGAAAAAAUUAAAGAUAAGCUGCGCCCAAUUCCUAUAGCAGUCAGUGUUAAUAUUGCUGGCCUUGAGUCUGGCUCAUCAUCCAGCAGAAAAGAGAGAGCGCUUCCAGACCUUAUACCGAUACUAAAUUCAAACGAAUCUGAAACAAAGAUCACAAAAGUGGAGUUCUUGAAAGAAGGAUGUGGAGAAGACAACGAAUGUCACAGCAAUCUAAAACUUCAGUACCGGUUUUGCAGUAGAGAAGGAAACGAAGACAGAUUUACCUAUUUACCAAUUGAAAAUGGCAUUCCAGUGCUCGUUUUAAAAGAUCAGAAAGAUAUUGCCCUGGAAAUAACAGUGACAAAUAAUCCAUCUGAUGCAAGAAAUCCAAAGAAAGAUGGAGAAGAUGCAUAUGAAGCUAAACUAAUUGCAACUUUUCCAGAUAGUCUGACUUAUUCUGCAUUCAGGGAGAUGAGAGGAUAUCCUGAAAAACAGCUCACAUGCGGUGCUAACCAGAAUGGCUCUCAAGCAGAGUGUGAACUUGGAAAUCCAUUCAAGAGAAACUCCAAUGUAACCUUUUAUCUGAUCUUAAGUACCACUAAAGUUAAUGUUGAUACAACAGACUUGGACAUUAACCUCAAGCUGGAGACAACAAGCACUCAAGUAAAUUCAACUGCAAUUACAGCCAGUGCUAAAGUGGUUCUUGAAUUGCUUUUAUCGCUCACAGGAGUGGCUAAGCCUUCCCAGGUGUAUUUUGGAGGUGACAUCGUUGGUGAGAGUGCUAUGAAAUCUGAAGAUAAUAUUGGAAACCUCAUAGAGUAUGAAUUCAGAGUAACCAACUUGGGCAGGCCCCUGAAAGCAUUUGGUACAGCUUCCCUGGACAUCCAGUGGCCAAAAGAAAUCAGUAAUGGCAAAUGGCUGCUAUAUUUGAUGAAAAUAGACUCCAAGGGCUUGGAAAAGGUUUCCUGUCAACCACAGAAUGAAAUCAAUUUCUUGCAUGUUGCGGAAUCCCAUAACUCAAGAAGAAAGCGUGAGAUUGCAGAGAAGCAGAUUACAGACAGCAAGACAUUUUCAUUAUUUUCAGAAAGAAAAUACAUGACAUUGGACUGCAAGGUGAAUGCACGGUGUGUGGACAUAAAAUGUCCACUGAGGGGUUUUGACAGCAAGGCAUCGAUUUUGCUGCGUUCCAGACUGUGGAACAGUACUUUCUUGGAAGAAUACUCCAAAAUGAACUACCUGGACAUUCUUGUUAGGGCCUCAAUCAGUGUUCCUGCUGCAGCUAAGAACGUCAAACUCACCAAUGAAGCUGCUCAGGUGCGUGUUACAGUCUUUCCUGCAAAGCCAGUAGCCCUUUAUACAGGGGUGCCUUGGUGGAUCAUUGCAGUGGCUAUUUUUGCUGGAGUACUGAUGCUUGCGCUCCUGGUAUUCUUGUUAUGGAAGUGUGGUUUCUUCAAAAGAAGUAAGAAAGAUCAUUACGAUGCCACAUAUCACAAGGCUGAGAUCCAUGCUCAGCCAUCUGAUAAAGAGAGGCUUACUUCUGAUGCGUAGUAUUGAUCUACUUCUGUAAUUGUGUGGGUUCUUCCAGCGCUCCAGGUACGAUGACAGCGUCCCCCGCUAUCAUGCUGUAAGAAUUCGAAAAGAAGAACGAGAGAUCAAAGGCGGGAAAUGCAAAGAUCUUGAGACAAAACAGUGGUUCACAAAAUGGAAUGAGAAUGAAAGUUAUUCUUAGGAAGAAGUUGUUUCCCUCCUCAAAGUUCAGAUACAGCGUAAUGCUUUUGUUAAUGGUGAACUCGUGGAGUUAGACCUAUGAACACUAUGGACAUCUUCACUGUUUGUUUGUAGAUAAUACUACUUACAUUGCAGCUUUUGUUUGCACAGUUAAAAUUGCUUCGUCAGUCCUUUUUGGCACUAUGUAAUUUCCACUCUGCCUCUUUUUCCCCCCUUCAAAUCUAGCUCAGGCUUUAGAAGACACCGUGUUGAUUUGGGCUCUUUGCUGCAGAACAUGCAGACCCAAUCUGGCAGGCCUUCUCCUGUGCUCCUCAUGUUCCUGGGAAUUGCGUGAUUGAGAUCAGUGCAGGUUCUCCAGCCUUCCCUUGAUGUUUGAUCCCUUACAAACACACUGGCCUUAACAUAUGUAGUUAAGUAUCAUCUGAAGACCUGCAAAUCUAUUUUAGCCAUAAGCUUUGCUGCUGCAGUAGCUAGGGCUUACAAAAAGCAUCACCUUCAGUUGUAUGCACAAUAGGUCGCGUUGCUCAAUUUUUAAAAUCAGAUUAUGUAAAUGUUGCUCACAACAAAUAUACACAGGUUGUUUUUUUCUUAGUUUUUUUAAAAGAGGCUUGAAUAUUAGAUGUACUUUUUGUAUAUAUAUAUAUUUUAGUCAUUUUUGUAUUUAUUUUUGUUAUCGAUGUCUUUGACUGUUAGGCCAAAGACUUUCCUGAACCUUGAAACCACUGUGCUUAGGAACUUCAGAAAAUGAGACCUGAGGCUUUCAUUGCAGUUUAAUAAAUCACUGAAGGUGCCAACGCUUUCUAAAAAUGUAAAUAUUUAUUCCAGUGAUGUACAUGGAGUCUUUUUUUUUUUUUUUCAUGAUAUUUGUAACUUGAUCUAAUAGGAACUACCAGGUCUUAUAGUAUGACUUUGUACAUUACUUGAGACUAUUAAACAGUUCAGACACCAAGUAUAGGUAGGGUUUUUAAGAUGCAGUUUUAUACUUCACUGGUAGUGAGAGGUUUUCUGGAAGCAGCUUUCCAGCUUCAUAAGGACUUCCUGUCUGGCAAACGGUGUUGACUACUACAACUGUAUGAAGCACUUGACGAGGCUGUAUAUGCCUAACUUAACUAUGAGGAUCUGAGCUGAUCCACUUUGAGACUACUGAACCCUCUUGAAUACCUGAACAUUGUUAAGAGAGCAGUCACGAUGCUGUGCUUAUCAGCAAUCUAAGCAUUGAUAAAACUAUAUAGAGAUUACUUUUUUUUUUUUUUCUUUACCCUUAUUCUAAAGCACUGGUACUCCUUAAGAACGAAGAUCAGUUUGCAGUUUAUUCCAUAUAGGACAGAAUUCUGCUCAAGAAGCGUGCAGUUGUUUGCAGUUUAAACUAUGCAAAAACCUCUUGGUACUUCUUCCUCUCAGAGGGUAAAAACCUGCUAAGAGGGCACUUGUCAGGUGUCUGAUUUCUGCUACUAACUUUUAAGACCUUUUUAGAAGCUACGCUCACCUAAAAUGCUAUCCUUAUAGAAAGGGCAGUAAUUUAGUAGGCUCUUCUUCCUCCCAUUAAAUCAUCUCAGUACAUGACCCUGAUUUUGUGAACCGUGACAAAUGCAUUUUGCUGUUACUCAGUUUUCGAGCUUUUUUAAAAAUAGCUUUUUCACUGAUUGGCUGUGCGGUAUAAGAGGCCACGCUAACGAGGUGCUAAGAUGCUUGGCAACCAACUACUCCCAGCCUCUGUUUUUAAAGCAGAUUGUGGCCCUCCCCUAAGACCAUGAAUGUCUCUGCAGUGUUAAAGUGAAAAUUAUUCUCAAUAAGUCACGUCACUGGCAUACUUCUAUUUCAGACUUGUUUUUAAUACCAGCUAACAAUCAUUCCAUCAUUAGAAAUUACCUGUGGAUAUUUGUAUAGAAGUGUGAAAUAAAUUUUUUAAAACUAAA